CGUGCAGCGCGGCCGAUGGGACCGGAACAAAAGUGUUGUACGGAACGCGGUGCGGGCUCAGAGUUUCCCGGGAGGAGGGCAGAGGAGGACCUGCGCGAGGCGGUUCCUUCGGCAGCGGAGGAGGCAAUGGCUUUGGGGGUCCGGGGACUGCGCCUCUGGCGGGCUGCCCCUGCUGGCGGGGCUGGCUGGAGAUUGAUAGCAACAUCGCCAGCUUCGCACCUGUCACCGACAGAACUGAUAGAAAUGCAGAAUGACCUCUUUAAUAAAGAGAAAAACAGGCAGUUAUCAUUAACUCCUCGAACUGAGAAGAUUGAAGUUAAACAUGUUGGGAAAACGGACCCUGGCACUAUCUUCGUGAUGAAUAAAAACGUUUCAACUCCGUAUAGUUGUGCUAUGCAUUUAAGUGAGUGGCACUGCGGGAAGUCCAUUCUGGCUCUUGUGGACGGACAGCCUUGGGACAUGUAUAAACCUUUGACCAAAUCCUGUGAAAUUGAAUUUCUUACUUUCAAAGAUCGUGAUCCUGGAGAAGUGAAUAAGGCUUAUUGGCGUUCCUGUGCCAUGAUGAUGGGCUGUGUGAUAGAGAGGGCAUUCAAAGAUGAAUAUGUGGUCAGUUUGGUCAGAGCUCCAGAAGUUCCUGUAAUCUCUGGAGCCUUCUGCUAUGAUGUAGUUCUGGAUAAGAGACUUGAUGAGUGGAUGCCAACAAAAGAGAACCUGCGUUCCUUCACAAAAGAUGCCCGUGCUUUAAUUUAUAAAGAUCUUCCAUUUGAAACUCUGGAAGUGGAAGCAAAAGUGGCAUUGGAAAUAUUUCAGCACAACAAGUACAAAACGGAUUUCAUAGAAGAGAAGGCAUCUCAGAACCCUGAGAGGAUAGUCAAGCUGCACAGAUUUGGUGACUUCAUUGAUGUGAGUGAGGGUCCUCUUAUUCCAAGAACAAGUAUUUGUUUCCAGUAUGAAGUAUCAGCAGUUCACAAUCUUCAAGCCACGCAGUUGAGUCUUGUACGAAGAUUCCAGGGUCUGUCUUUACCAGUACACUUAAGAGCACAUUUUACUAUAUGGAAUAAGCUAUUGGAGAGAUCUCGGAAAAUGGUAACUGAAGAUCAAACUAAACCUACAGAGGAAAGUGCAUCGACCCAGUAAUUUCCUAAAAAUUAAAUAUAUAUAAGACAUGCAGAACUUCACCCUUAUGUGAGUGGACAUCUGUCAUGCUUUUUGGAGACCUAGCACUGUGUGAACAUCCACUCUGGUGACUUCCCCUUUAUGGAUCUUAUCUCAGCAAGUGCAAGAGUGGAACUUACUUUCCGAAAUUGCCUGGCAGCUGGGGCUCAGCCAGGCUUCGUGCCCAACAUGGGACUUGAACUCACGAUUCUGAGAUCAGGAGUCGCAUGCUUUACCAACUGAGCCAGCCUAGCUCAGCAAGAGUCACCAGCAGACACACUUGUGUGACAUUUGGGAGUGACACCAGGAAGACAGAGUGGCACACGGGAUGCACUUUGUCGAGGGGAGCAGUGACUUGUGGCUUCCAAGGCAGCAGUGCUCCAAGGGUGCCAGCAGGUCCCCCUCUGCAGCCACUCUGGCGUAAGGGCAUUUCUUCGAGCUGUGUAACCCGAUUUCCAAGCCUGGGCCUGUCCGCGAGCCAUUUGUUUCCUGCGUAAACUAGCUAGAGCGGAUCCCGUCGUUCGCAACCGGGCUUGUUGACGUGUGGCCACUACCCAAGUGUAACCAUUGUUAACUUUUUCCCUUAGUUACUUCAGAUCCUUGUGUUUUUAAAUAAAAAGUGACCUCUUCAUUGAAAAUCUUCCUCUUCUCAUUUCCUUCCAGGAACUGCUCUCCUUUUUGUGCAGAGCUGGACCCUUCAUGAUUUGCAGUGUGUCGUAUCCUCCGUGUUUUCAACUAAACGCAGUUGGUUUCGUGACACAUGUCCCUUUGAAACGUCUCACUCAGCAUUAUGUUUUCACGUUUAACCUGUUGAUACGUGCAUAGCUGGUCGAUACGUGUAGUAUUCGUUCUGUGAUUAAUCCCAUGAUUAAUUCAUUUCUCCUAUCGGUGGCCAUUGAGGGUGGGCUUUUUAGUGUUACAAAAAGAACAUCCUUGUGUAGGUUUCUUCGUGUACACAUUUGAAGGGGAACAUGCAUCUUCAACUCCACUGGAUGUUACUAGUCACGCCAAUAGUUGUACCAGCUUACUCCCUAUCAGCGGUGACAGUCCUGUCUCCCUUCCCCCUCACACACACUUGCCAUCGUCAGACAUUUAGGUUGAUUGGCUCUGCCUGACCCUGUCUUUUGAUUUAGUUUGUUUAAUACCGAACAGAACAGAGACCAUGAGCACAUUUUCAUUUGUUUUUUAUCCAGCACGGUUUCCUCCUCUCUGUGUUACCAGUUUAUAGCCUUUGCCUCUCAUUUUGCCUCCCCAACUGGAUCUUUUGUCCUUUUGACAGGAGUUCUUUACAUAUUCAGAAAGUUAAACCUUUGCCACUGUACAUAUCUUUCUCUAGGCUGGCUUACCUUGUAACUUGGUCGUGCUGGCUUUCAUUUUACUGGGGUCAAAAUUACCCAUUUUUUCCUUUAUGAUUUAUAUGUGUUUACGAAAUUUAAGAAAGCCCUUUCUGACUUGAAGUAGCUCGGGGUGUUGUGUGGAAAUGACGAAUCACUCAAUUGUACACCUGAAACUAAUAUUAACACUGUGUGUUAACCCACUGGGAUUUAAAUAAAAACUUGGAGAAAAAUAAAAGGCAUCGUUCUGUGCUUCGUGAUAUU